AUGGAGCAGAUAGCACUAAUCCUUUCAAAGGCUGGUCAUGAUAUAACAUACUUCGUCCACACGGAAUACACUGCCUCAGAAAUACUUAAAGCAGCAAAUGUUACCAUUAUCACAUAUGAGUAUCCCACAAAGGACCUAACAUACAUUCUGGGAGAGGAUACGAUAACAGAUUUCACGAAAAUGACAAUUCUAGAAGAAAUGGCAUUUGUGUUUCAAAAAGGACAAAUCCACGACAUAUAUGUUAACUAUUCAAUUUCUGCAUAUUUCUCAAAUAUGGACCAAUGGAGGGGACUCAAAGCCCAGAACUUUGAUUUGAUAAUAUUUGACAGCCACGAUUUUGCUUUAGGAAGGCUCAUGAAGGAAUAUCUAGACAGACCUGCCAUACUUUGGUCAAAUGCCGGCUUUGAGAUGCAUAUCGAUAACUGGCUGGUGCCAUUGCCUGUAUCAUAUAUACCUAUCAUGUUUGUGUCAUAUAGUGACCAAAUGACUUUUAAAGAACGAGCAAUGAAUACAUUUUACUAUGUGGCAUUACAGUACUACAUGAAAGACUGGUGUGACACGAGAAAUAAUGCUUUGGAAAAGGUCGCUGAUAAAGUUAGAUUGCCUCAUAAAAUUAGACCUGUUCUCAAUGAUGCAGACCUCAUAUUUAUCCAGUCUAAUUUUCCAUACUUCUACCCUCGUCCAAUCAUGCCAAAUGUUGUCCCUGUAUUAGGGUUACUAGAUCGUGACCAUAAGCCAAUUGAUGCAAAGUUUCUCAACUUCAUAGAUGGCGCUAAUGAUGGUUUUAUCAUCUUCACACUAGGUACAUUGGCAACAGGUUUCGAUGCGCAAACUCGGGAAAUUUUUGCUACUGCGUUUGCGAUGUUGAAACAACGAGUUUUAUGGAGGUAUAUUGGCUCUGAUCCUCUAUCACUAGGCAACAAUACAAUGUUGUCACCAUGGUUACCACAAAACGAUCUUCUUGGGCACCCAAAAUUGAAAUUAUUCAUUACCCAUUGUGGAUCAGGAAGCUCGGGAGAAGCUGUUUACAACGCUGCACCUGUGAUUGGUCUUCCUUUAUUUUUAGAUCAGCGCCAUCACUGUGCUCUUUUGACAAAACGUCAUAAAAUGGGAUUAACAUUAUCAUUUGCUGAUAUCACAUUGGACACAUUUUCUGCUGCGAUUGUUGAGGUCCUCGGAAACCCUCAGUACAAGAAAAAUGCUGUAAAAGCGCAGAAACUGGUCCGGGAUCAACCCAUCAAUGCUACAUACACAAUUCAGUAUUGGUGUGAAUAUAUUAUGAAGCACAAAGGCGCACAUCACUUGAAAUCUUCUGCCAUGUUUGAACUGAACUUCUUCCAGUACUUCUUAUUGGACAUACUACUGCUUGUAUUAGUUACUGUGGUGAUUUCUUUGGCUGUACUAUAUUGCAUCAUUAAACAGUUGGUACUGUGUCUUUGUAAAUAUAAGUCCCAGAAACUUAAGAAAUCUUAAGAUAUAUUAUUCUUAUGGCAGGCUCAUGGCGGUCAGGCCACAAGGAUGAGAUAUAUAUAGCCAAAAUGACGCAACCUCCGAGGAGGAGCAGACUUACAGAAUACGUCUUAUGAUACAAUCAUGUAAUCAAAAAAUGAAAAUGUUUUCAGCUAAAAGUUAAAAAAACUUAUUCAUGUUAUUGAGCUUACACCUUAUAUUCCACAUGGAGAAAUUUAUUGUUUAGUUUGGUCGUCUUUGUUGUCAGGCAAAUUGUAGGAAUUCGAAUGAAAAUUCACAAGGAUUGGUCUUCGACAUUCCUUUGUGAACCUUUCAGGAGGAAACCAUAGAAUGUAUGAUAAAUUUAUGCAGCAAUACUAUCUUGGUUGUAUUGAAAAAAGUCACACCGUCAGUUGAUCAGAACGUCACACAUUUGCUGAUCAUUUUUGGGAAGUAAAUUGGAUUUUUUUUUAUUUGAAAUGAGUGCACAGUAAACUCCCUGAAUAAAGGAGAAAAUUAAAUAUUUUGAUCAAAAUUCAACUUGCUAAUGGGCUAUAGCAGAAAUCACGCCUCAACAUGGAGAUCACAAAAGAAUGCUGCGUGCAAUGUUGCUUGUAAUAAUGUUUUGUGGAGAGUAAUAAAUCAGUAUUGCUAUUAUUUAUACAUUUUUUUAUUUUAUAUAUUAUGAGCUGGAAUGUACAAAGAAAAACUGUACAUAUCUUACAAUAUAAC